UAAAUUGUAGAUUUGCAUGUCCUCCACAGUUUGAAAAAGAAGAAGAAGAAACAAUAGACAAUGAAGACUGCAGUGUUCCUAGCACUUUCUCUCCUUCUCUGUGCCAAUGCUGCACCUGAUCCAGUGCUCGAUAUCUCAGGCAAAAAGCUCCGCACCGGCACUGACUAUUACAUUCUGCCGGUUUUCCGUGGUCGAGGAGGUGGCCUAACUCUUGCUAGCACUGGCAACGAGUCCUGCCCGCUUGAUGUUGUUCAAGAGCAGCUGGAGGUCUCAGACGGUCUCCCAGUAACAUUUUCACCUGUUAACAUCAAGAAAGGUGUUGUUCGUGUUUCCACCGAUCAAAACAUCAAGUUUUCCGCUGCUACAAUUUGUGUCCAGUCCACGCUCUGGAAGCUCGACAGUUUCGAUGAUUCAACACAGCAAUGGUUCGUGACGACCGGUGGGGUCGAAGGCAACCCCGGUCGUGAAACUAUUGACAAUUGGUUUAAGAUUGAAAAGUACGAAGAUGAUUACAAGCUUGUUUUCUGCCCAACGGUGUGCGAUUUCUGCAAAGUCAUGUGUAGGGAUGUGGGUGUUUUCAUUGAUGGUGGCGUUAGGCGUCUGGCUCUUAGCGAUGUGCCCUUCAAGGUUAUGUUUAAGAGGGCUUGAACCUUUGUUCUUCCCUGAUAUACAACCCAAAUCCUUCUCAGUUUUCAAUUUUAACAUUGCUUACGUUUGGUUUAUAUAUCUGGUAAUAAAAUUCCAAAAACGUAAUUCUUGGGAAAAAGGUAAUGGCAUCACACGCUAUCUGCUGUAUGCUUGUAAACAUGGAAGUAAAUUGAAAUAUUUGCUCACAUUUAAUGCUUUUUCAUUCAGUUUGCUAUUAUAGGUAUUCAUUUACCGUGUCA